CUCUUCUCUUCCAUGUUUCUUAUAUUGUUCUUGAGAUGAGCUUUGAGAAGAAAACCAUGAGAAUUUUUUUUCAUUUUUAAGGUUAAUAGGAUGGAUUUAAUAGCUCGAACGGGCCGACAUCGGCAGCGAUACGAUGAACAUUUUCGUCUUGUCGCAGGAUGCAUUCCUUAUAGAUUAAAGCAAAGUGUUGAGAACAGAGGCGGAGAUUGGUCGAAUAGAUUGGAAGUCCUCAUGAUUUCCUCGCCGAAUCGGCAUGAUCUUGUUUUCCCCAAGGGUGGUUGGGAGACCGACGAGAGUGUCUGUGAAGCAGCGUGUCGCGAAGCUUUAGAAGAAGCCGGAGUGAAAGGAAUCAUCAGUGAAACAAUAUUGGGAAUUUGGGAGUUUCGAAGCAAAAGCAGAGAGAAUAGUUGUAAUCUUGAAGGAGUUUGUAGAGGUUACAUGUUCGCGAUGGAGGUUACCGAAGAACUUGAAUGGUGGCCGGAGCAAUCCUGUCACCAAAGACGAUGGGUGGAUGUAAGGGAAUCAAUGCAACUAUGUCGAUACGAAUGGAUGCGCGAGGCUCUCGACGCUUGCAUUCGGUUUCUAUCCUCGAGGAAUGCUGCAUUGUCUACUACAAAGUGUGUGGACAACGCUAUCGAUGCGUAUAGUUCAUCGAUGGUGAAGCUAGAGGUUUCUUAUGUACCAUGAUACUUUAACUCUAGAGAUUGCUUAUGUACCAUGAUACUUUAACUAAUGUUAUUUCUGAGAGUCCUGAUAACUGGAUUCUAAGUUGAAUUCGGAGAUAU